GACGUUCUGUGGUUUCUCUGCCCAAUCUCGGCUCACGUCCGCCGUCCACUAAAAGUGACAUGGCGUCUGGGAAGAUAGUUUGUUCAUAAGGAGGCAUUAAUGUUGUUUUUAUGACAACAUAGCAACAACCGGGCUAUUCAUAGCGCCGCCCAUAUUCUAUAGAGACUUGCAUUGAUGGUAAUGCAUGCAAGGAAACCGCAAAGGAUAAACGAUGGGUACCUCGAAAAACAUCCAGCCCAUCCGUACCAGAAUUCGAAGUAUAGCGGUUCCAAGUCAAGCUAUGGAGAUAGGUACAACCAUGAUAGAAUGCGAGACUCCCCUAAUGGUAACUCAUACCGGUCAGACAGCCCGGACUCUGGAAGUCCCCGUGAUCGGGACCGUAGCUACCCAAACAAAAGCUCAUUUAUUCAGAAAAUGCGUGACAAGGAGAGAGAAACCAGAGACUAUAAAAAUCGAGACAAGUAUUCUGACUGUGCCAGAUCUCCGAAAGACAAACGGCGUAGGGAGAGCAGGGACUCCGAGCACCGGACCAACCAUGAUAGGAAUAGUACAGAGAAGGUCAUCCUUCAUUCUAGCAAAUUAGCCUCUCACAAUUGUUCAUCCCGAGACUUGAGGAAACCCUCUUUGAUUAUAAAUGUUGUCCAGGACAAGGACCUUCGGGAUCGAGUCCCUCGCGUGGGAGAUUGGUCGGAACACUUGUCGUCUUCGGGCAAGAAGUACUACUACAACUGCAAGACGGAAGUGAGCCAGUGGGAGAAGCCCCGCGACUGGGUGGAGCGGGAGCGCGAGCGGGAGCGGGACCGCGAGCGGGACCGGGGAUGUGCGGCCAGCAGCAGCAGUAGCAGCAGCAGAGGAGUCAAGGAUCGGGACCGGGAGCGAGACCGGGAGAGGGAACGGGAACGGGAGCGAGAGCGGGAGAGAGACCGAGAUCGAGAGAGGGACCGAGAGCGAGAGAGAGAUCGCGAUCGGGACCGUGAGCGGGAUGGCGACGCCAGGCUUUACAACAGUGGCAGUUCGGCGAGAGGGGGUCAUGACAAACAUUCCAAUUCACGAUCUUCGGCUAUCGGCUCGCGAGAGCAGGCCUCCAAGACCAGACUCCCCGGAGGGGACAAGAGGGAGGCUCUGUACUGGGGAAACCAGGUUCAGACUGUUCGUGACGAUAUGGAACAGAGAAAGCACCCUGAUGGUGAGCGAAAGUUCUAUAAAAGAGAUGCUCAGUCUUCUCAGGACAUGGACAUCUGCUCUGGGGACAGCACCCCGACGUCAGAGACAUGUUACUCGCACGCCCAUGGGCCCCACAACAUGAUCCCCACCGUGGUGGACGGCACCACGAGCAACAACAACGGCACCAUGGCCGUCCCGGUGCCCAUGAACAUGCCGCCGGGCAACCUGCACCAGGGCCACCAUGGCCAUGGCCCCCACCACGGGCCUCACCAUGGCCACCAGGGCAUGCUCGGGCACCCGGGGCAUCCCGGUCACGCGCACCAGGGGCACGGCCACCAGGCGCACGGCCACCAGGGCCACCAAGGCCACCAGGCUCACCAGGGCCACCAGGGACAUCAAGGCCACCAGGGCCACCAGGGCCCGGUGCUGCUGGGCAACGCGCUUCCGCGGCUCACCAGCCACCCGCCUCCCUCGCAGCCCUCGCCACCCACGCGCCUGUACCCAGCCGGGCCGCCCCCCGGACUCUCCGGCCUGCCCCCAGGAGUGCCGCCCCCAGGCGUCGGCGUGCCGCCCCCCGGCGUCGGCAUCCCCCCGCCGGGAGUGCCGCCCCCAGGCGUGAGCAUUCCCCCGCCGCCCGGAGUGCCCGGAGUGCCGCCCCCGUCGGGGCCCCCUUGCCCGCCCGGAGUGCACCCGCCCGGCGCGCCGCCCGGCAUGCCCCCGGGAAUGCAGCCAGGCGUGCCCCCGCCCCCUUGUGUAGGAGUGCCUCCAGGAGUGCCCCCUGUAGUAGCAGUCUCGACAGGCUCUGCUAUUCCAGUCAUUUCGUCGACCCCCCCUGCAGUCUUGUCACCAUGUAACCCACCAGUGACUUUAUCUAGCAUCCCUCAUAUUCUGUCACAAAUGACUCAAAGUCAAGAGUCGACUCCCAAGAAGAGUCUCCAAUCUAUUCAGACUAUGUUAUCAACACAGUCAUCAGCAUCAGGACCUGGGCAGGCUCCAGGAACAGGGCCUGACGUGCCCCUAGUGGUGGACACAUCACAUUCAGGAAUCGGAGAUGGACCUCCUACCCCCACACAUUCGGAGAAUCAAGAUUGUGUGGAUACUAGGAAGCUGUCCAGUCCGCCUAGCAGUUUGAGUACACUUCAGACUCUGUCCCAAAGCAGUUCUCUGCAAGCCCUGCGUCCGCAGGGAGUUAGCCUUACUCCUAGCUUAGCCAAUCACUACAGAGAUGACCUGGUAAAUCAUGUAAGAGGGUGGCCCGCUGAGCUGCUUGAAAAACAGGCGCAAAAGUUUAGUGAGGAUGCACACUCACUAGGCAGUCUUCAGUGCACACGUGUGUCUGCUGAGUUAAAGUCAGCACGCUCUAUUGUUAGGUUAACUGAAAUUCAAGCAACUUUACAAGAACAGAGAGUACUCUGUAUUCGUCAGCAAAUUCAGUAUCUAGAAGAACUGAGAUCACAGCACUCUUUCAUGGCAGACAAUGGUUAACACUUGAUGUUAAUAAUGUAAAUGCUGUGUCUGCUGCAGCAUGGCUUGGUCCUGUUUGGUCCGGUUAGGGUAAGCCAUCAACUUCCGUACAAUUUUAAUCACACACUCUACUGUGAAUUUAUUGUAGACUCAGUGCUGAUGCUGAGUUUGUUGCAAGGACCAAAGCCUUUUCUUGAAUUCGCUCUGGGCAAUAUAUUGUAAGUGGCUGAUUCUAACUUAGUUGCUGGGUCAAUCGGCCAAAGUUUCUUAAUAGCAAAUUUUCUCACUAGGACAUUUUCUCAUUAGCUGAAUUAUUAAGUUAAUUAUCGUCUAAUUCGACUUAAUUCAAUUCGGCUCAAGAAUAUUUUUCCGUCUGAUUGAGCUGUUUGUUUUACAUAGUGCCUGAAUUUGGGUUACGUAAUGCAAUUGAAUAUUUGCACGUGAGAAAUGUUGCCUGGAUACUUUUUCUGUGAGUUAUUACUGGUAUUUUGUUUCUUGCAUUGUAACUUAUGAGCAGCCUAAUAUGUAACUCGUGCAAACUCUCCACCUUCCUGAAAAUUUUAUUGUAAAUAAAGGUUGUAACACUGCCGAUAUGCUUUGAGAUUGCAUACCUACUGGAUGUGGCGGAAGGCACAGGGCUUUUCCCUGUGUUGCCACUUAAUAACAAAGAUGACCCUGAAAAGUAGUAUCUUGUGAUAUACCGCUUCCUUCAGUUAGUGUUUUACUGGCUUUUCAAUUUGUAAAGGCGUUGUCUUGUGUUAAAAUUUAUAACAAUAUUUUUCUUUUUACUUGAUGUGUUUGUAGAUAAACAAUCUACUCACAUAUGUUUCAUAGUAACUUUCCUUUCAGACAGCUUUAUUCAAUCCAAUUAUUUGAUCAUAUAUUUUUUUUAUUAUUUUACUUGACAUUCUUUGGGAAGAUAUUGUGCUUGGCGUUUGAACUACUUCGUUGAUUUACUAAAAUUUUGAAAUACACUGUGAUUUCUACGAUAAACAUUGCUGUAAAUCUUAUAUGUUGUCUUUUGUGUCAGAAGCUGAGGUAUACCGGAAUCGGACCUAGAAACAAGCUGGGGCUGUUGCUGACCCACAUUUUAAAUCAGUUAGCUUUUGUACAUAUAAUUACUAAAAUUAAUAUUAUUGACUGGGCUUCUCAAGUUUUCGAUGAAUUGUUCAUUCUUCAUUCCUUUUCUGUGAGUUGUUAAAACCUUUUGAAAAUUCUCAUCUUAGGCACAAUUGAUUGAUGCAAACAGCAGAUUCUAAGACUGUGGGCUUCCAAUCAGCUGUGUCUUGAAUGCUACCUCUACCUAAAUGAAAAUUACAUGCAAACUGUCAGCAUGUAUGACAAAUCGUAAUUACUAGUUUUUAUAUUAGAAAAUGUAAUAAUUGUCAAGCAGUUCGCAGGCUGCUUGAGAAGUCCAAUGGUUUGUAUGUGAUGUGAUCUGGAGGAUCUGGAGGACCAGCAGAGAGUGGAGUUUUUGUGUGGAAACAUGCUUGAGAGUGUACCAGCCAAUUUUCUUGAUGACAAGACUUAUUGAAACAAAUCUAAUCCAAUGGAUCAGACUGGUGCAACUAAACAAAUAUUUCUAUGUAUCAGACUGGUGCAAUCAUCAAUUUGUUUUGUAGAAGUUUUUUCUUUUAGCUGUGUGUAGAUGUUUAUUGUCAGAGGUGUGUAUGGCUGUGAGAAUGUUUUAGCUGCUACCAACUCCAUAUUAAAUUUUGAUUGUGCAUAUAAAUUUUUGGUAAGGACAUUGACAGAUCUAAGAUUCUCAUGAUGCACUGGUGUUUUUGUGAAACCAGCCUAAAUUACAGUAAUUUCGGAGCAGCACUGUGUUGUACCGUACUGAGCCGCUCAGCAUGUGGGAGCUCCCCAAUAAACACAUACUUCACCUGA